AUGGUCCAGACGGAUUUAAAUGGAAAAUGUGCCCUCAUUACAGAAGCAUCGCGAGGGAUUGGGUUCUUUGCGGCUGAAGCUUUCAUAUUAAAUGGAGUCUCAACUCUUUUUAUCACGUCUAGAAUAGAGGACAGAUGCAAUAAAUCAAAAAAACUCUUGGAAGACUUUGCAAGAGAUGUCAGAAAGAAAGUUGAAAUUAUACCUCUAUUCUAUAGUUUUUUAUCAAAAACUGAAUCAAAUAAGCUUGUGAGCGAAAUUAUUCUAAGGGUACCCAAAUUGGACUUCUUAUUAUUGAAUGCAGAUAAGACAUUUGGUGAAGUCUUUGACAAACUCCCUAUGGCGGGCCCAGAGGAGAUUAAAGAUAUGAACGUCGCUUAUAUGUUGCGAACUUUGGAGACUUUCGUGCCAUUAUUAACCAGCGAGGAUACGGAAGCUGAUUUCUCAAGAGUGAUUUUCAUUUCUUCUCUAGAAGCUAUGUUUGCUACCGACAUAUUUAACAUGCAAGAUUUUGCUAAAAGAAACAUAGAAGCAAUCGAUUUUGGAAAGAAGUUGGCUAUUCAAUUGGGACCUAAAAAUAUUAGCGUUAGUAUUGUUCCACCGAGUUUAUUCUUGAACGAAGAGUACUCUCCAAUCUUAACUCAGAACUUAGCAGGGCCAAAUUCGACAGGAACAGUAACAGCUGAAUUAGACCAUUUCAAGAAUAUUGUGGAUUGGCUAUGUACAAAGCAAUCUAAAUAUAUGAAUGGACUAGUGCUUAAUAAUGACAAAAGGAAACUAGCUACAACCAGCUUCAACUUAUAG